AUGCGCCCUCAAACUCGAGAGAAUUUCACAAUCGCAAUAUUCUGCGCCCUUCCCGUUGAGGCCGAGGCCAUAGAAUGCCUUUUCGAUGAAUCCUAUGACCGGUUGAGCAAGUAUUACGGAAAGCGACAAGGCGAUACCAAUACCUACAUCAAUGGGAGAGUCGGUGACCACCAUGUCGUUCUUUGCUACAUGCCAGGAAUGGGAACUACCAACGCCGCGGCUGUCGCCUCAGCAUUGCGAGCCAGCUACCCUAGGAUACAGCUUGCCCUGGUUGUCGGUAUAUGCGGAGGGGUCCCAACGGUUUCGAAGAGUGAGAAUAUCUUCUUGGGUGAUGUAGUUAUCAGUGACUCUCUGGUGCUAUAUAAUUUGGGCAGACAAUAUCCUGGGUCUUUCGAAAGGAAAGCCGAGGUCCAGGAAGCUCUUGGAAGGCCAAACCCAGAGAUACGAAGUCUCCUCAAUGCCCUGAGAUCAACUCAUUCCCAUAACGAACUUGAGUCCCAAAUAAUGCAAAAUGUUCAAGAGCUACAAAAGUCAGAUAAGAAGUGGUGCCAUCCACGAAUUAAUGACAUCCUCUUUGACGCUUCUUAUAUCCACAAGCAUCACCAACAAGACUGCAAUGCCAGUUGCGUCUGUCUGGUGAGUGAAACACUCGAUGAUAUUUGUGAAGAUGCUCUAGCGAAAAGCUGCGAUGAUCUCGGAUGCGACAAAAGCCAAAUCAUCCGCAGUCUAAAACCUGUGGAAAGGGUCGGUGUCUCGGCCCAUAUCGGAACAGUUGCCUGCGCAAAAGGAGUGAUGAAGUCUGGACAUCACCGCGACAAAAUUGCGAAAAAAGACAAGAUUAUAGGGUUUGAAAUGGAGGGAGCAGGUGUGUGGGAUAUCUUUCCGUGUGUCGUGAUAAAAGGUGUGUGCGACUAUGCGGACAGCCACAAGAACAAACUAUGGCAAAAAUACGCUGCAGUGACAGGAGCCUCGGCAGCGAAGGCAUUUUUAGGGUACUGGAGGCCUCAAUGUCAUCAAGCGGAGAAGGUCGGGACUUAUCACUUCUCUGUCCCUUUUGGCAGAAACCAUCAUUUUGUGGGCCGCCAAGACGAACUUGCCCAGUUGGAGAAAUGGGCUAUCAACCCCCAAGAGCGAGGAAAGCUCGCAGUUACUGGAUUGGGCGGCAUAGGUAAGACACAGAUAGCUCUAGAGCUAGCAUAUCGCAUGCAUCACAAUGAUUCCGAAUGUUCGAUACUCUGGAUUCCAUGCAAGAACAACGACUCUUUUCGACAAGCCUGUAUGGCCAUUGCACAAACCUUGGGCAUCCAGGAUGUUGAUCCAGCAAAAGUGGAGGAGCAAACAAAUGAUAGGUGGUUGUUAAUCCUGGAUGGCGCCGAUGACAUGGAUAUGUGGAUGAAUGGCAGCGGUACAACUGCGCCUCUCAAGAAUUUCCUUCCUUCCAACAGGCACGGCCGCAUCAUCUUCACUACUCGCAACCGGAAAUUAGCCGUGAAGCUUGCAUCGUGUGAUGUGAUACAUGCACGCGAGCUUGACGAACAGGCGGGCGUGGAACUGUUGAGGCAAUCCUUGAUCCAACAAGAUCUAGUCGAAGAUAAAGACGCCGCAACCUAUCUCGUUAAACAGAUAGCCCUCCUUCCACAGGCUAUUACACAGUCUGCGGCAUAUAUGAACGAAAAUGAGAUAGGAGUGUAUGAUUAUCUGAUGCUGCUCCACGAGCACGAGGACAAUGUCGUGGAGCUUCUCAGUGAGCAUUUUGAAGCUGAUGGGCGCUACGAUGAUUCCAAGAAUCCAACAGCCCUGACGUGGUUCACCUCGUUUCGUCAAAUCGAGAAGCUUGAUUCGCUGGCUACCGAGUAUCUCUCACUUUUGGCCUGUCUAAGCCAACAAAGUAUAUCGAAAUCGUUUCUUCCACGACCAGUGUCGAGAAAGAAGAUGGUUGAAGCCCUUGGGCUUCUAAGUGCCUAUUCAUUCAUUACUAUCCGACCGGGCGAUAAGUGCAUAACCAUGCAUCGUCUGGUGCGUCUAGCAGCUCGGCAAUGGUUGAGGAGUCAGGACCGCCUGGAAAUUUACACGCACAAGGCAGCAGAUCGGCUGAGUGAAGUCUUGAAUAACGACCCUGUCAACGAGAAGCACCAGAGGCAAUACGUACAACAUACUGAGUUUUUACUUCAUGAACUUCAUGCUAUGGCAGUCCAAGCGCAAUGGAACGUGCGUGGGCUUGGUGGUGAUGGAAAUAAGGCUGAGGAAGAGAAAUUGGCUGUGCCGAGGACCAAUACAUUAUCCCAUAGCCUGGAGCCAUGA